AUGGAAGGACGCUGCCAAUGUGGCCAGUGCCGCUUCACAACGCCCUCGCCGCGGCCACUGGAGCUCUACAUCUGCCACUGCACCGAGUGCCGGCACCAGUCGUCGUCGGCGUACGGCGUGACGGCUAUCUUCCGAUACUUCGACUUCAAGCAGUCGACGACAGAGCGCGGCGCCAUCGCCAUGUACGCGCGGCCCAACUCGGACGGCUUCACCGAGGGCUACUUCUGCACCGCGUGCGGGAGCCGCCUGGCCCACGUCUCCGUUUCGCCCGAGGGCAAGGUCCGCCACCACGUGAGUAUCAAGGGCGGCUGUCUGGAGGGCCUGUCCAAGGAGAUGAUGAGGUUCGCCGUGCACAUCUGGACCAGGUCCGCCAUCGUCGAUAUCCCCGAGGGCGCCGUGCAGUAUGAGGAGGAACCGCCCGAGGACCUUUCUUGGCCGCCUGAAUGGAUGGAUGAAUGA